AUGUCCAACAUAGUAGGAAUAGAAUAUAACAGGGUGACAAACACCACUUCUACCGACUUCCCGGGCCACAGCGCCAAUGGCGAUUUCUCGUGGGAUAUCGAAAAAUUUAAGGACACCUUUGAAAUCGACAUUUCCUACAUCACCGAAAGAAAUGCCAACUUCGACUUGAAAAACAUAGAUACAUCGAUCGCCAAUGCGUUCCGCCGUGUCAUGAUCGCAGAGGUUCCAUCAGUGGCCCCUGAAACUAUAUACAUGUCCAUGAACACCUCGGUGAUACAAGAUGAGGUGUUGGCACAAAGAAUUGGUUUGAUUCCAUUGAAGGUGGAUCCAGAUUCGCUCAGUUGGGUGGACAAGACCGUCGACCCCGCCGAUAGAUUCACUGAAGACAACACCAUAGUGUUGUCGUUGGACGUGACAUGUACCAAGAACCCCCAUGCGCCCAAGAACUCCACCGACCCCAAGGAAUUGUACAGAAACGCCCAUGUCUACGCCAAGGACUUGAAGUUCGAACCACACGGCACCCAAUUAGAGAGAUACAAGAACAGUCCCGUGGUUCCAUGUGACCCUGACAUCCUCUUGGCCAAGUUGAGACCUGGACAAGAAAUCUCGUUGAGAGCCUACUGUGUGUUGGGUGUUGGUAGCGAUCACGCCAAGUUCUCGCCUGUGGCCACUGCCUCCUACAGAUUGAUGCCUGUGAUUGACAUUAUCGAGCCUAUCACUGGCAACGAGGCCAAGAAGUUCCAGAAGUGCUUCCCAUCGGGAGUCAUCGACAUCGACUCGCAGGGCAAGGCCGUGGUCAAGGACGCCAGAAAGGAUACCGUUUCCAGAGAGGUGUUGAGACACGAGGAAUUCAACGGCAAAGUCAAGUUGGGCAGAAAGAGAGACCACUUCAUUUUCAACGUGGAGUCCACGGGAGCCAUGUCUCCCGAGGAGAUUUUCUUCAAGUCGGUCCGGGUGUUGAAGAACAAGGCUGACUACUUGAGAAGCUGUCCUAUUAGUCAGUAG